CAACACAAGUGAACACACUAUUUUAACAACCAGAAUACUACCCAUGAACCCCCUUUUCUCAAUGAAAUAAUGGGAACCUUUCAAGAUGUCCAGUCAUACUUCGGCCCCUAGAGAGGAGUUCUUCAAGAAGCUCAAACCACGAUGUGUUGCCAUCAAUAAUUUAGCUGUGCGCGCACCCGACAAGAGGGCGGUUGCUAAAGAGUUAACAGAUGUUGUGCAAGACCUUUUAUCCGUCUUGGAUCAGCAGAUUAAUGUCGAUGCUUCUAUCCUGGAUGAGAAGCUUGCUGAAUAUAUCUUUUUCCCACUCUCCAAUAUCCUGCGAAACCAGCAAGAGUAUCCCAUCCGAUUAAUAGAACUCACCAUUAGAUCUUUGCGGAUACUCAUUGAAUAUGGAUGGAAGGCUAAAAUAUCAAACGAGCUUUCUCAGCAGCUUCUAAUAUUCCUCACUUUCAUCGUUGGUGGUGUUCCCGGCCAGGAGAAAAAGGCCCCUAUUCCCGAGGAGACGGAGCUGGAAGCGCUUAGUACCCUAACGUCGUUGAUCAAGGCCGUUGGAUUAUCAUCUGCUGGAUCCGCUGCAUUGGUAAACACGAAUGCAAUACCUUCCUUAGGCCACGCCGUUAGCAUUGUGCUAGAGUGCAUCACUGAUGGUAAAACACCAGAGAUACAGCUUGAGGCGCUAAGGACAUUAAAUGCGCUUGUGGUGGCAAUCAAGGACCGAGCCGCUCUGGCUACUUUCCUCCCUGGAAUCGUGUCAUCCCUCAGCCGACUUCUUACACCGCCGGUGGCAUUAAAGCACCAGAGGAGAGUCUUGAUCAGCGGUACCAAUAUCCUAAAGGACGUUCUCAUCAAGGUCCUAGAAGAUAUAAAUGUUAUGGGGUUGACAAAGAAGCAAGCGACAAUAGAGAAUGAAACUGGCAACGAGACGAAGGUUCUGACCCCUUCGUGGUUAAAGGCUACCACCGCCAGGAUAAAACUCGCUCUUGCAAGUGUGUUGAAGCUACGCAAUACGAAUUUUGACGACAUUCGGUCGGCCUUGGAAAGACUCUGCAUUUCUCUCCUGGACGAAUGUCAUCAGUCACUCGCGGAAUGUGCUUCUAUACUAGUAGAGAGUGCCAUGAUCCUAUCCAAAGAUGAAGAUGAGAAAGCUACAUUUGAGACUACCUUGACAGACCUAGCUAGGAUCUAUCCAGAGCUUGGUGAUACAAUCAAGACUGUAGUGUAUAACUGGGUCAUAAGUCUCCCUCGGUUGGUGCAAGCCAGUGACGAUAGAGUCAAGCAACAAGCAAUCCAAAACCUCACGAAAGGCCAGCAUUUCAUCGCCACUCUUCAGAUUGACUCUUCCAUAUUGGACGAUUCCCUCUCUGUAUCCCUAAGGGACAGUGCCACUGCGCUUGUCCUUGCUUCGAAAUCGACUGGCAUGUCAGAGAUCACAUCAAAUGGUGUCGAGUUGAAUAUGAACGUGGUCAAACGGGAUGGGUCUAGUGCCUUCCCGCCUAUUUUAAUAGCACAGGAAACAGAGCGAGCUACCCGAACGGCAUUCCUCAACCUGCUUUCAAAGGCCGGAUCUGUCUCGCAGCAGCGCAAGCUGGCAGACGACUUGCUCAAUUACGUCCGCGAGUCUACUGGUCCGAGUCAGAUAGCAUCGUACUGGUUAACAUUCGAGCUAGUCAAGUCGAUUGUCUCGCAGUCUUCAGAUCUAGACGACUUUCUCGACUUUAGCUCUGUAGGCGGUGCAUCGGAUGACAGCGAGUCUAUUUUCCAUGAAUUAUACUCCUUUUCCGUCUCGGUUCUAGACUCGCAGGCCGAAACGGAAGAAGUUGAUUGGCGGCUACAGGCACUGGCUCUGGAAGUUACUACUUUUGCAGCGUCAAGGAUGGAACAAGGGUUUCGUCCAGAGCUUAUUGAUGUGCUAUUUCCCAUUACCACCAUGUUAGGCUCUGAAAUACCCCUAUUACGGGAUCAUGCGAUCAUCAGUCUAAACAAUAUCGCUGCUUCGUGCGGAUACUCCAACGUUACGGAACUAAUCAUUGACAAUGUUGACUAUAUGGUCAACUCUAUCUCUUUACGCUUGAAUACCUUUGAUAUAUCUCCCGCGUCAACCCAAGUCCUGCGAAUGAUGAUGCGGCUCACAGGCCCGCGACUGAUACCGUAUCUUGAUGAUGUGAUUGCGUCCAUAUUUGCAGCCCUCGACAACUACCACGGCUAUCCCCUAUUCGUGGAAAGUCUGUUCAGUGUCCUCACAGAAGUCGUACAGCAAGGAUCGCAAUCGGACCACUUACUUGUAGAAGCUGCAAACUCGUCGACGAACAAUCACAAGAAAAUUCCACCGCCCUCAGCCACGAUCGAAGAGAUCGGCGAUAUCCUUUCCACCCGCGUAAGCAAACGGAAGAAGCGACAGCUAGAAGCGUCUGAAAUCGAGGAAAUCGGGUCUCAUCCAAAACGUCCCUGGAAAGCCACGGAGCCAGCAAAGAACCAAGACGAAGCCGACGACGCUGCAGAGGAGGGCAGCACCACAGUUGAGAAGCCGGCACCACCCAAAACACCCACCUUCAAGAUCCUAGCCCGGAUUACAGAUCUGACCCAGCACUAUCUGACCUCCCCCACGCCCACCCUGCGAAAAUCCCUCCUCGACCUCCUGACCACAGUCUGCCCGGCCCUCUCGCCCGAUGAAGACGCAUUCUUACCGCUCGUGAACUCGAUCUGGCCGGUUCUAGUUGAGCGGCUGUACGACCAGGAGCCGUUCGUCGUCAUAUCGGCCUGCAGGGCCGUGGCUACCCUGUGCGAGAGCGCUGGGGACUUCCUCGCUACGAGGAUCAAGACGGAGUGGUGGGAUAAUAUGGGGAGGUGGUGUAGGAAGGUGAAGGCGGACGCGACACGGCAGUCUAACAACAGUAGUUACAAAAACAGCGGGAGGGGGAGGAAAGGGGGUGCUAGUGUCGAUAAGGGCCUACUCAUACCGAUGCGAUCACGACAGCACGGCAUCAUCGAGAACCAAGGAAUAAGCAGCACGGCCGUCGAAGCUACUACUGUCUCGAGCCCCGCGGGGGGCCUGGGCCGCUUCGCUCAGGCGGCCCGUGUAUGGGACGCGGUGCAGAGCCUCCUCGUCGCCAUCGUGUCCUACGUCCAACUCGACGACGACGUGCUGGAUCAGGUGUUGCUGCUGCUGCUCGAUGGCCUCCCCACGAAUGCGGAGGCGAGGGCCGCGCUCGAGGCUGUGGAUCCCGAUGCCGUUUGGCUGCUCUUGUAUGAGCGCGGCAUGGUGGACGUGAAGGAGAUGGGGAUGGAUGUGCCGGUGUUGGAGGGCGUGACGUUUGUGUGUUUGUGAGGUGCUUGCCUAUCUGUUUGUUUGGGUAAUUACCUAGACGAGCUAGGUAGCCCGCGUAGGCCUACCUAGGUAGGCAAGUAGGCACCUGCAUGUAGCUGAACCCCUAUUUCCCUAUUUUGAGUCUAAUCCCCAAAUCUCCGCAUCUCGCCGUCGUCAUCACACGAUGGAACUGUCCAACCUACACUAGGUACGGUUAGUAACUUGAUAAAUCUUGGUAUUAUUACCUCUUAAUACCUCAAACAAAACAUGGGAGGUUCUAGGCUUCUAGAAGGAAUGGAUGGGACCAAUGGGUAGGAUCGGUAGGUAGAAGCUUCGUAGCGGCCGCUUGGUCUUGCAUGAUCUUAGCCUAUAGGAGCAUAUCACAUCACAUGUGGUAUCUUGGAUAUGUUUACCUAGACUAGUACCUAACCUAGUGCCGUGGGUGUAACUCCAUGGGGAAGGUAGAUAUUUACUGGAUUACUAGGUGUAUUAGGCAAUUGACGUACAAACAUAUCAAGAUCAACGACUACUAAGUAUGUAGAGCUCUCUCCU